CCUCCCGCCCUCAUCCCUCCCCGGAGGAUCUCCGUGUUCUCCUCGGGAACAUCCAACGCCUCAACGAGACCUUCCGGGACCUUCAGCUCCAACUCCUGCUCCUCCCGGCCCGGGGGGAAAUCCUGGAUCACGUCUGGAGGCUCCAGGAUCUCCUCCAGAACCACUCGGAUUCCCUGCUCCGGGCGGGAACGACGCUCCGGAGGCUCCAGGAACUCCUGGAGCUGCUCCAGAGCCGGGCGGGAGCGACGGAUGCGGCCGUGGCCGAACUCCGGGAUUCCCUGAACCGGCAGGGAGACCAUUCUCAGCUGGAAUUAUCCCGGCUUUCCGUGGCCGGCAACGGCUCCCAGCUGCUCCUGGAGCAUCAUUCCCGACUCCUGGAACGCUUGGGAGGGAGGAUGGAAAGCUUGGAAGAGCGACUGGAGCUCUUGGGCGGAUCCGUGGAUUCCAUGAAUAGGAGUUUCUCCUACGAGCUGGAAUUGCAGCGUUCCCGGCUCCGGGAUUUCUUUGGGAUGGUCGGGAAUGUCACGGAAGAGGCGAGG